AUGGUUGGGCGGGCCGUGUGGUCCGGUGGUAUAAUGAGGCCUUUCGGUCCAAAAUGGUGGGGGCCGGCAGGCCACAGCCGCCUCCGCCGCCGCCCCCGGCCAGCAGAAGCCUCCAGCGCGCCGCCGCCACCAGACAUGCUGCCCAACGCCGCCUCCGCCGUCGCCGCCGCGUCUCUGCUGCUGCUGGCCGCGGACGCCGCACACCUGCCCGCCGAGUUCGCCGUGUGCAAGAGGAAUGCCCCUGACAUGGGGAAAUGUCUCAAGGCUGCGUUGCAGGACGUGAUCAGGCAUCUGCCGCCAGGCAUCCCGUCGCUGGGCGUGGUCCCCCUCGACCCGCUGGACGUCCCGGAGAUCGACAUCAGGGACGGCACCAAAAACCUCAACCUGAGGAUCACGUUCAGGAACGUGCGCGUCACCGGCCUCACCAAAGCCGACAUCAAAUCAGCCACAGCCGACCUGGACACGAACAAGUUGACGCUGCUGGGAGAGGUGCCGCACAUCCUGUUCGAGGCGGACUACACGAUGACCGGCAAGUUCCUGGUCGUCCCGGUCGAGGGAGCCGGCAAGUGCAAGUUCGUCUUUGAUAACAUGGAGUCGCGGCUGGAAGUGGAGUCGGAGCGCGUCCAGAAGGACGGUCACGACUACUGGAACCCUCAGCGUUUCCCAAUCGAGAUCCUCAGCCUGGGCUCCAUGCAGAUCGAGUUCGAGAACCUCUUCAACGGCGACCCCAAUCUGGGACCCAACUUCAACCGUCUGCUGAACGAGAACUGGAGUGAGUUCUGGGCGGCGCUGAGGCCGACCUUCCAGGAGAGCUUCGGGGUGCUCUUCCUGGACUUUGCCCGCAAGGUCUUCCAGAAAGUCCCGCUCGACGAAAUCUUCCCGCAGUAGGGGGUGCCGGCUGGUGGCGCCCAUUCUAACGCGUUGUUUGUAGCUGUUGUACUGCAUGUAUCUCUAAUAAAGCUAGUUUUCAAGUUGUUUA